ACAAGUGCGCUGGCUCCCCCUGACUGAUGUUUAGAUUUAUCAUAAAGAAACAAAACAGUUGAAACUCCAGGUUUAUCAUCAAUGUUCGCUGAUAACAGAAAAUGACCCAUGGAUUCUGAAAAACUCAUUCUUGGAGAGUUUUUAAAUUAAUUACAUUAGCUGGUCGUGCCAGCUGUAGAUAAUGUAAUGACUGACUGGGAUGCGACCUCACGCCAUUCCGGGGCUGGAUAUUGUAAACUGUGUGCGAUCAGCGGCCACAAUUUACAAAUACCGAUAUAGAUGUAUAUAGAUGUAUAUAUGAAACUCUCAGCUCCCCUGGAAACAGGUGCAAACAUUCUAUAGAUUCUCUUCCAUUCAUACUUUUGGUUUCUCGGACGACUCCCAUCUCAGAUUCUCCAUUAACACUCUGGAUGUGAAGUGACAAAAUCGAAAUGAAUUUGAUUGAAAGUUAACAAUGAAGCAGUUAUUGUGAUGCCUCUUUCUGAGAACGAUUGUGCUGCCACCUACAAAGUUUUGAUCGUGGGUGACGCUUACGUCGGUAAGACAGCGUUACUGAGAUGUCUACUGGGAUACGAGUUUGCUCCACAGUUACGACCCACCGUAGCUGUGGAUUUUGUGACAAAACCGUUUGAGGUAGAUGGAGCUCUGAUCCAGAUGAUGAUAUGGGAUACUGCUGGACAGAGAAGAUUCAUGUCCAUGACAAGACAACAGUACAAAGAGGUCAAGGGAAUCGCAGUGGUGUUUGACAUUUCAGACAGGUCUACAUUUACACAUCUCUCCUUCUGGCUGGAAAGCAUCAAUAACUGCGUUUCGAAUUUUGUGUGUAAUUAUGAGUCGGUGCCGAUAAUCCUGAUAGGUAACAAAGCCGACCUCAAAGAGCGCAGAGCGGUGUCAAUUUCUGAAGCUAAAAAGUUCGCAAACAAAGAGAUGGCUUUUGAUUAUUUCGAAACCAGCGCUAAAACAGGGAACAAUGUUUUUGCUGCCUUUCAGAAAUUAGCAUACCACGUGACAGAAAUUUGUAAUCCACAAGUGAUGAAAAGUUAUCAUCCACACAUGUUACGGCCACCGGAAGUACUGGAAAGAGUUGCAGUGAAAAAAUCAGCAAUGUCAUGUAAAGUUGAAAAUGUCACAAGAAUUCCGGAAAAGUUCAAACCAGUGGGUCAGCUGAGGACCUCAAUGCGGGGCGGAAAAUACAACUUCCGGGUCCGGAAGCGGAAGAAGAAAUAUGCUCAAUGUUGCUCAAUCCAGUAGAGAUCGGUUUUCAUUUCAUCAUGAUUUAGCCGUCUGCUUUAGCUUUCUGCCAUAUAGUUUCGUAAACGGAAAAUGAUUUUAUCUCUUAUUUGUACGAAUCGCAAGAAUGAUGAACUGUUUGCAUGUUAUUAAAAAGUGGGAAUUACAUUACUUUCUUUGUUACACACU